CAGCGACGAGACUUGGCGCCAAAAAUCGCUGGAAAAACUGUGAAGUGGAACCAUUGCCGGAAGAAGCCCUCCAAAAUAAUUUAUAAAUGUUUAUUAAGUGAUAAAGUGCAAAAAAUCUCGUGAGAGUUCGAUCAAGAGAUGAAAGAUCUCACUCAUUAUUUCGUUGACAUGGAUAAAUCCCCGGAGACUCCGAAAAUCCGUCAGAAUGGGGUUACGAAUGGUGCAGGAGAUACUGAGGAUGUUACCGUAAAAAAACGUGGCAGAGUGAAGAUCAAAAUAUCCCAGGGAAAUAAUGAGGAGAAAAUGUGUGAUAUAAUCGAGAGUAAACAUGAUCUAGUGGACAAGACCCCGAGUCCCUUCACUGCACCCAAGGAGAAGGCAAAAGUCUCGCCUGGAGGAACUCCAAAACGUCGUCAAGACCUUGAGGAUGAAACAUCUGACGUAGAAAUCGAGGAAGUGGACUCGGAUUCCUCUGGGGGGAGCAUCUUCAGUCUCCCUGAGAAAAAAAAUGAGAAGAAUGGGAGGGUUGACGAGGCUGAGGAGUCCAGGAAGGUGGCGAGUUCCAAUGCCUUCCAGGUGCUGAUGACUCGGAGUAAACCUGUUCAGUACCUCCCCCAGAAGCCUGUGAGCCCUGAAGAAGAGGCAGCCGCUGCCAAGAAGAACCAGGAGGUGAAGUCCAGGAUGAAGCAGAAUAAGGAGAGGCUGACUGCCCUUGCUGAUAAGAAGGGGUACAGUAAGAGGAAAUUGCAAGAGGCUGAGGAGGCGGAGAGGAUCGAGAAGAGGCUGGAGAACAGGGCGAAGGUGUUCAAGAGGCUCAAGAGGGAGGAGGACACUUCGGGGAAUCAGAAUCAACGGCAUUCAGGAGGCUUACAUAAUUAUUUCAGUAAAAUGACUCCAGAAGACCGAGAAAAAGAGAAACUACUGGCUCUGUCAACAGUAACGGUGAAAGCAGAGAUUCAUGCAUCCGAUCUUGGAAAUGAAGCAUCAAAAGUUGUCGUCAAACCCAAAACAACGAUGAAAGCAGCUAAAAAUAAGAUACGAAAGGUUUUAGCUGCUAUUGAUGACAUCCAGGUGUUGAGGUCAGAGUCUCCAAGUCCUCCUCCAGUUGUAACUGCCUCCCCAGAGCCACCAGGGCCCAUAAAUCAGCCAAAGCCAUCAAAGAAGCCCAAAUGGUCACUCAGGAUUAAUUUGUCUGGAGGAGAGGUCUUGUCCAAAGACGAAGCCAACGAGUUCGAAGCCGAGGAAAUCCCCGAAGUUCUGCCGAAGCCCAAAAAGAAGAAAACAAAGGAGAAAUCGCGGAAAUCCUCAUCAAACUCUGAUUCAAAAAAUCCAAAAACGAAACCAGCCUCUAGAGAAAUUCCCCCAGCAGUCCCUAAAGAUUCUAAGCCAAAUCCAGAGGCAGAGGAAGUCCCGCCAGCUCCCGAGACUCCCCCAGACUCUCUGGACGACUCCCUACAAAUCUUGGAGCUUCCAAAACCAUCAAAGAAGCUGGAAAAGCUCCCUAGAAGUGACUCGGAUCCUCUUCCAGCCCCCAAGAAGACCCCCGAGCCCUCGGAAUUGAUUCACAUGCACUCUCAGCCGCUCCCAGACCCUGAAGUCACAGAGAUCAAGGUCCAAAAGCUGGCCCCCCUCUUCAUAAAACGUCAAAAGCCAGACCCAGAGGUCGUGGCAGCUCGAAAAUCCUUCCUAUACUGCAGAUCCCCAGAGGACCCAAAGAAAAAACUGAAGAAGUCCCCAGUACCAGGACCCUCAAUCCUCCCCUUCCCCUCGAUUUCCCACGUAAUUCAGCAUUCCCCAUCGAAAGCCCCAGAGAAUCCUCCAGCAUCACCAAGGGUACCGUCCAGAGUUCCCUGGAUCCACACCCCCACAUUCAAUCCCUCAGAUUUCAAGUCCCUGAACACCUCAGACGUUUCAAAGCCCCAAAAGAACUCGAGAAGAGACCAGAAACAGCAGAAAGCAAACCCAGAGGACAUCCUGACUGAAAUCGAGUCGAGAUGUGCUGAGGCUCGAGACCUCUGGAGUGCAAUUUCUCCCAUAACCCAACCAACCAAAGAGUCCCCAAAACUAAGGGGACGAAAGCGAAAAUCCCUGGAGAAGAAUCCACCCCUUCUGGAAGCUGAGAAGAAUCUGGAGAGCGUGGUGUGGACCCAGAAGUACAGACCCUUGACUGCGAAACAGAUUGUUGGAAAUGAGGAGGCAGCGAUGAAACUGAAGUCUUGGCUGGAGGCCUGGCAGUCAACUGGGAGAGAUGAUUACAGCAGUGGUGAGGAGUUUUACUCAUCAGACAACAGCUUCCAGAAUAAUCUCGAGACGAAUCAGGUUGCAGUGCUGCUGGGGCCUCAUGGUUCAGGUAAAACAGCAUCUGUUUAUGCUGUUGCUGAGGAGUUGGGGUACACUGUGCUGGAGCUGAAUGCGUCGAGCAGACGACCUGGCAAAAAGAUCCUCAAGGAUUUUGAAGAGGCGACCAAGUCCCACAGGAUCAAGAAGACAGACUCGAGUGGUUCCAGCUCUCAAACGUUUCAAAAGGCUGAGAAAAUACCUCAGAAUUCGUUGAUACUUGUGGAAGACGUUGAUCUGGUGUUCGAUGAGGACGAGGGGUUCGUCUCAGCUACUUGCCAACUGGCUAGCAACACCAAGAGGCCGAUUGUGAUGACCUGCAGGGGAGCCUGUGCCCAUCUCAACAGAAUGGCACCCCAGCAGAUGAGGAUUUAUUAUCAGGGAAUGUGUGGGGACAGGGUUGGGGCUCUUCUGGAGGUGAUCACACUGGCUGAGGCUGGAACUCGACUGCCACUUUCGUGUGUGGAGAAGCUGCUGGCGAAAGGGGACUUGAGGAGGGCUGUCCUGCAGCUUCAGUAUCUGGUGCUGUCUGGGGUGCCUCAGGCUGGGGAGGUUCCCAGUGGAUUCGGGGAGACUCUGUGGGCCGAUGUCAAGAGUCAUGUGUACAAACCUGCUGUCAAGAGCGAGAAGAAGAUGAGAAAGAGGAGGGAGAAGGGACAGGAGACGAGGGAGGAUUUGAAUUCUGAUGUUCUUCAGGGUUUGUCGAACGAUUUGGAGACCAUUUCGCUUUUGUCGAAUUUUGUGGAGAUUGAUGAUCGUGUUCUGACGGUUUCGGAAGUCAAGUUUGAACCCUGUUUGUCACUUCUUGAGAAUGAAGACUUGUACUCUAGGAAUAGGGACCAGAUGAUGGAGAUUUCUCAGUGGGUGAGGGACAGAGUGAUGGAUAGGGAGGGGGGGAAGGAUGAAAGAACGAGUUCUAAUCAGUUUUUGCUGAUGAAGAAGGAACUUAAUUUUGGCGUCACCCUGGCGCUCUCACAGGUGGCGAGUAAUAAUUUAGAUGGUUAUUCGAUAAGGACUGAUUAUUUACCGACUGUGAGGACAAUCUGCCGAGCAGAGGAGCUGAAGAUAAAUAAUAACGUGAAAAGGGGGAAUAGAUUUUUUCAUUAUCUGCAGAGUCUUAGACUACCGUCGGCAUCGACCAAGGCCAAUGUGCUAGCAACUGCUUGUAAAAUAAUGCAAGACGACAAUCAGUAGACUGGGGAUGUGUAAAGUUAUUGAAGUUUAUUGAUUGAUUUUUACGAGUAGUUUAUAUUGAAUGCUUUGGGCACUAUUUAAAAUGGUGUGGAAUGUAUUUGUAUAAUUUUUUUUCUGAACACAAAGUGUUGAUUCUCAAUGAGAAGCGAUGAAAUGAGAAUUAAGUAUUGUUAAUAGUAAUUGUUAAGAAAAUUUUUUUCAUUCUUGAGGAUUGGUUGUGCCUGAGGAUCGUAAAUAAAAUUUGAUUAAUUGAAUAUAUUAAACAUGGACCAUUGUUAAUCUUUUCUAUUCUAAUGGGGAAAAAAUAUGGAUGAAGGAAUUAUUGAGUGAUAAAGUGUUGGGAAAAACAGAAUGUAUUUGUAUUAUUUUUUUUAACACAAAGUGUUAAUUCUCGAUCAGAAGGAAUGAGAUGAGAAUUGAUUAUCGUUAAUAGUAACUGUUAAUUGUUUCUCCUUUUUUGCAAAAUGAUCGUGUUUGAGGAUGAUAAAUAAAGGUUGCUUCACUGAAUA